GCUGGCGUCCAGUCUCAAACAGAACGUUCCACAGUCAUGUGACCCACUUCACUUCCUGUUUCCGGAGCCAUGCGAUUGUACGGAGGAAAAGCCAACAUGUGAAGUGACGGUUGUUUUUCCAAACUUGUACUGUUUUGUGGACAUACAUGGCGUUUACAGGGGCGUAUUCCUUUGAUGUGUCAGGGGGUAAGGUGGAAGAGAUUGCGAAACGAUGGUCCGACAUUCCUGUCAGUCAGAAGAGAGAAACGCUGUACUUGGCCAACCUACAUGCAUUCUGGUCCGACAUUCUACAUCCAUUGUGGAAGAUCAAGGGUUUGACGCCAUGGGGGGAACUGAUGCACUCUCUGGACCUCAGUGACAACAAUUACUUGAAUUUGAAAGGUAUAUAUAGGAUAGAAAUCCUGGAAUCCAUUCUCAUGGCUGUAUCACAGGGAUGCUUGUCUGAAGACUCAACAAAAUGGUUGAUUUUACUGGGUACCAAGUUUGAUAUGGGAGUGGGCUCUCUUGAUGAGGCUGUCCAUUGGCUGCAAAAGGCAGGGGAGCCUGACAUCACCUCGCAGAUCCAGAAACUGGGCUCCAAGAACGACUGUACUGAGACCCUCUCAUUUGUCUGCAGAAAUUCCGUCUACUACUUGCGAGCCAGAGUGUUUUUCGGUGAGCCGGUUCUUCAGGAGUGGACAUUGGUCCAGCCACGUGACAGACAAGAAAGUGAAAAGAGGAAAAACAAAGGGAAUACAUUUUUUCAGAAAGGAGACAUGAGUGCCGCUGUGGAAUGGUACACUAGAGCCAUCGAGUUUAACCCCGAAAACCACAUUCUCUAUGGGAAUAGAUCACUUUGUUUUUUACGCUGUAAAGAAUAUUUGAAAGCAGCUAGCGAUGGGAAGCGUGCUAUCGUCAUCAGGCCGAACUGGCCAAAGGGCCACUACCGCUUCUGUGACGCCCUCUUUGCCCUCGGCGAGCACCAGAAGGCUGUGCAGGCCAAUCUGAGAGCCAUCUUUCUGUGCAGCGAGGAUCCGGAGGGCGUCCGCGACCUGGACCAGCAGAAGUGCCGCUUCCAGAUAGACAUAGCCAUGAUGGAGGAGCUCCGAGCUGCUGGUAAGCGGAAGAAAAUGAAACCAAAAAGAGAUGCUAGCAGGAGAACCGAUACCCAAGUUAAAAUGGAUCCAGAGAGUCUACAUGAUACAAACCCCCCUAAUAAAGCAGAACCUCACAUAAACUCCAGUGCCUCAAAAAACCAGGAAUUGGAUGAGAGUGCCUGCAGGAAUUCUGACUCCGGUGAAGCAGGUACUGGCAUGCAAAUGGAUGACAGCACUGAAACAGGCGCCAAAAAAGAAACGACUGAGAAGAUGCAAAAAAAAGACCCCCACAUUCAGGACAAAACAAAACCCAAAAACCGACACCAAGGAACGCACAAAAAGACCAAGGCAGAAGCUUCGUCUGGAGACCUGGUGGGACAGUUUAAGUCAGUGGUUCACGAUGCCCAUUCAGCUCUGAAGGACCAGCGCUGUCGCAACGCGGAGGUGGCCUUCUCACAGGCCCUGAUUUUAGUAGAGACGGCACCUUCCCAGGAGCUGUGCAUCUCACAUCUUGACAAACUGAUAUUGACCUAUGGCCACACUACCGCCCUCCUGGAAAUUGGACAACCAGAGGAAUUGGCUCAAGCUAAAAAGCAAUUCAACAAGAUUAAGGAUGAUGCAGGAAGGGAAUUUCAGUGUUUGGUAUACUAUGGAAUGGGAAAAGUGCUAUUUAAAGAGAACAGGUUUUCCGAAGCUUUAGAUGAGUUUAAUAAAGCCUUACUCAUGGUUAAACGACAGAUCGUACCUGGGAAAUUAACCUGGCCCACAACAACGAUUACAGUCCAGGAAACCCAUACGGAUUAUUUAAAGGAUCGUAUGGAGGAGUACAUAGAGAUGUGCAAGUUUCCUCCAAGGCCAGAUGCAAUUUGUCGACAUCAGACAUGUUUGGUUAUUUCAAAAAUUGAGAUCUACUUCACGGACUCAGAUUUCAAGGGGUUCAUCAGACUUGUGUGCUGUCAAAGCUGCAACGUAGAGUUUCACAUUAGCUGCUGGAAGAAACUCAAAGCCACUUCGUUCAGUGACAAGACUGAUAAGGAAUUCCUCCAGCUGCCAUGUUUCACUCCAGAUUGUGUCGGAAACAUCUGCCAGAUUGUGAUUUUUGGUGCGACCGGUCUGGUGAAAUGCGAGUUUGAGUCUUCUGUUGCAAAAAGCACAGCUCCCGUCAAACAGAAGGUCAAACAGAAGUGUACGAGCCUGAAAAAGGUGAAAUCGAAGGAGGAGCGGAGGCUGAAGAGAAAACAGCACAGACAGGCAGAGUUUCUGACUAAGCAGAGAGCCAGUGAAGAGAGAUCCUCACAAGAGGAUAGCAAAUCGGAAGAUGGCCACCAAAAGAAAGCGCCACCCCAGACCUGGCUGACGUCUGGUGACCGGGUUCUCCACCAGAUAAAUGAGAACAGGCAGCUGUUUAAAGGCGAGAGCCCCGAUAUUUCCGUGUUCGCGGGAAGCCUUCGACCCUGGAUAGAUUUCAACGCAAAUAAGGAACAAGCGAAUACGGUAGCUGCCUGGAAGGUGCCGGAGACUCUGGAAGAUGCAGUGAAUCUGGUGCUGGAGAGGAAGAACAGGGUUUGGGCCCGAGUGUUCAUCCAGGCCCUGAGCAGGGCUGCCGGCGUGAGCCAGAAGCUGGCUGAGUGGGCGGCCCUGCUGAACGGUGCAGGCUUGGAGGCGGCGCGGGAGUUCAUAGAGCGGCACGCAGAACACCUGGAGGAACUGGACCUGGCCCCUCUCCUGGCCUUUCAGCCACUGCGCGACGCCAUCAUGGAGAAGACCGGAGAUCUGCCCAGUUUGCUUGUGGGAGCCGCCACCACCGUGACAGGCUGCCUGAGGGCUGCCGGAGAUCUCGAGGUUAUGCGUCUCUUCAUCUGGGUCCUAGAGGAGAACAGGGAGAAGUUUGUUUCCUGCCAUCAGGUGCUUAAUACGUUUUUUGAGAUGGACUGCCUUUGUGUAGUGAAUAAAAAGAUGGAGAAUGAAAAUCAAAUUGUAAGUAUAUCUGUCUACACUGAACUGGGAGGUCACAUUUACCAGUCACUGAGCCAGGAAACUGCCAGAAGGGGGAAUUCAUGGACUAACUAUAGUGAGGACAAUGGAAACAAGCAGAUCUCUUGCUCUUGCUCUUGUUUGAUUUGUUCAUUUGUUUUACAGAAUUCUUCUAUUAAGAGUAAGAACAGAAAUAGAAAAAAGAAACAAAAAGAAUCAAAGUCUAUAAUGGUAUUUCCUGGAUCAAGAGGAGGAACUCUAAGAGAGGAGGAUGAAGAUUUAUUCUUUGAAGAAGAUUCUCUAGGACUUUUAGACAGUAAUUAUCCCUUUUUUGUGCCCGAACACCUUCGCCCUCAACUAGAAGAAUUUGAAGGACAGUAUAAUAAUAAUCGAUUCAAGACAAUUUUGGACAACAAUAUUAGAACAGAUCCUACUAAGGAGAAUUUAUAUGACUAUUUUGCUCAGAUCCUGGAGGAACAUGGUCCUUUAGAUGUCCACGACCCACUACUUGUGGGAGAGUUGGAUAAUUUCCCCUGGGAGGCACGACUGUUGAUUCAGGAGUCAGGCGGGCUAGAGGGCUUCCUCCUUGGGUCCUUACGGUUCUCGACAAACGGCACUCUGGUUGGUCUGACGACACAUGCGUCUUCGUUCCUGGACCAGAGAGAAGAGCCUGUAGUUGACAACUUGUGCCCCUUGCCCACCUAUCAAGAGGACAGUAACAUCAGAGGCCCAACCCUAAACCCAUCUGCCAAAGAAUUUACACCCUUAUACUCUGAAAUCUAUACAUAUCUUCCUGGUGAACCUGCAGUCUUUGAUCAAGGGAUUAAUGCUAUAAAUGUCAGUGGCACGUAUAAUGGAGAUAUUUCAGAGGGUUUUGCAUAUCCAGUUUACUCUGAAAUGUAUAUUAAUGAGACUUUUAGUAAUGUAGAAUGUAUAGCUGCCUCAGAGACCAACCAACAUGCUAAGAAAACUUGGAUGAGAAGUGUACCGGUACAGACGUUUAGUAAAAGUAAAGAUGCUGUUUUGGUUAACACAGAACCAUAUGAGCCAUUUGAAAGGGAUAAAGGAGACAUGAUUAAAAAAGAAAAAUAUAUCAGUCAGCUUCAAAAGCAAAUAAUGCAAGCAGAAGAGGGUUAUACAAAAGGGAGGCAGUUGAGAAAGGAGCGCAUCUCAUCUCUGGAAGAGGAGCUGAUGGAGAUUAAUCAGAACAUCGAGAUCGGCAACAAGGAGCUGGAUAUAUUCCACAAGAGACUGGAGGAGGAGGUGCGGAAGGACCAGCAGGAGAAAAAGGUCAACCAGGAGACGCUGAAGGCCUUGAAGAACGAGCUCAAGGAGCUGGCGGCGGCGCGGGAGACCCUUUUAAAAAAUAUUAAAGAGAAGAGAAUGGAGUAUGAACAACAGUUCAGUGAGAUCUUGGACGAGAGGAACCAGUCUGAGGCUGAGAAACUGAGUGUGGAAGAUGAGGUGAAGCGGUACCAGGAACUAUGUGCACGUGCAGCCGCAAGGUCACUGGCGGCUGAGGUGACCAUGCUGGACUGCCGACGUCAGUGCGGCCUCCAGGGCUUGUACAGAUACGUAUCGGAGAAAGAGGCCGUCCUCACCCACCUGAAGGAGGUGGGCUGCAGGGCCAAAUCACCCGAAGUUAGCAAAGCUCUGAACGCCUGGCAGGAAGUUCUGCAGGAUGCAAAGGACAAAAUCCUCAGGACCGAGGCCAACUACAAGGAGCAGAUGGAGCAGCUGCAGAAGGGAACCAGACUCUCCAGUCUGCCUCCGGUGUCUGUGCCCUCCCCUCUGCCGACCCCAGCUCUGCCGCCCUUCGCCAGCCAGGGAUCCGCUGUUCGCUACCCGAGUCCACGGCUCCCAUCAGCCGCUACACAUGUCACCCUGCCGCCAGUGAGACUGCAGCCCGUGCACAGAGGGUCUCGACCCCCGACCGCCGUGGCCCCCCCGCAACCUGACCCCUUCCAGGGCAGAAGUGGCUUGCAUCCCGACAUUCCAGUCAGUCCAUGGGAUGGUACCCAGGGUGUGAGCCUGGGGCAGCAGCCGCAGGUUCCCAGGGCCGGCCCCCAGCAUCCGGCAACUGUCUUCGAGAAAAUCAUUGACCAGCUAGUCGUAAUGUUCCCCCACUAUAGCAGACCCGUGCUAAGCAGGUUCAUCCAGGAGGUGCGCUCUGCCAAUGGGGGUUAUCUGAACACCCUUACCUAUGACGUAAUCAUCAACAGAGUGGUUCAGAAGAUUCUAGACUAUCAGGAAAACACCAGGGAACAGAUGAGCGCCACGCACGGCCUGGGAGUCCGAGAGUUUCUGCCAGGGUGUCGGUCCCCAACGCCAAGGUGCGAGUCACCAGUAUCUGGCAGGUCCUCCACUGCACCCCCGCGGGCCUGGAAGAGCAUGGAGAUGCAUAAGCGGCCUGGGUCUCAAGCGUUGAAUGUCGAAGAUCCCUGUAUCAUCUGCCACGAGGAGAUGUCCGCAGAGGACCUCUGUGUCCUGGAGUGUCGGCACAGCUUCCACAGAGAGUGCAUCAAGUCCUGGCUGAAUGAGCAGAUGACCUGCCCCACCUGCAGGGACCACACCCUCCUGCCAGAGGACUUUCCCCAACUUCCGGACAGGCCGCGGAGGGGCCCCCCCGCUGCCAACUCCUUUCACUUCUCCUGAUCUCUCUUCCUGUGCACUCCACAUAAGGGAAGUGACACGUGGUGGGAAAUAUCGUGACCAAAACAGUCAUGCACUUUUUUUUUUUAAAAUCUAAAGGAAAGGAAAUCCACUUACCUCCCCUCCCCCUCCUGUGCCUGUUUUUAAAAAACCCUCUGUAUUAACAUGCAGUGUCAAAUAAUCCAUGUUUUAAUGCUGUGGCGAUAAACAUCAGCAGUUACACUGCUAUGCUGAGGAUGUAGCUCCUUUUAUGUUUCCUUAAAUAUUAACAAGUUCACUUUAUCUUCAAGGUUUACAACAUAUGUGCUUCAUAGAAGAGCAGAGGAAGGGCGCGGUGUGCUGUGAGAUUUUAAUAUGCCGUAUAGCUUUAAGCUCUCAUGUACCAUUGUUUAUUUUUUUUUUCCUUUAUUAAAUUCAACGUGAAUUCCA